UCUUAGUUGACGGAAAUAUUGAGUACAUGUUCGUGUAUUGACUGCCUGGAUGGAAAUUAAAAAUUAAUUGUUAGUACAAAAUGCCACUAUUUGGACGUAAGAGUGAUGGUGAAAAGAAAGAACGGGGAAAAGACAGUGACAUUCGGAAGAAGUAUGAUUUAAAAGAGACACUUGGAACUGGUGCUUUCUCAGAAGUGUUGUUAGCAGAAGACAAAAUCCAGCCUGGUAAAUUUGUUGCUGUAAAAUGUAUAGACCGGAUGGGCAUUGUUGGGAAAGAGGAGUCCCUUACUAAUGAAAUUGAAGUAUUAAGAAGAUUAAAUCAUCCAAAUAUUGUACAGUUAACAGAUGUAUUUGAAGACAAAAACUAUGUUUAUCUCGUCAUGGAAUUGGUGACUGGUGGGGAGCUGUUUGAUCGUAUCAUGGAGAAAGGGAGCUAUACAGAGCGUGAUGCAAGUUACCUAAUGAAGCAGGUCCUAGAGGGGGUCGACUUUAUGCAUGAGAAAGGCAUUGUACAUAGAGAUUUAAAGCCAGAGAAUUUACUGUACUACAGCAGUUCAGCAGACUCAAAGAUAAUGAUCAGUGAUUUUGGGUUGUCAAAGAUCGAGGACUCCGGUACUAUGGCGACAGCUUGUGGAACCCCGGGAUAUGUUGCUCCAGAAGUUUUAGCUCAACAACCUUAUGGCAAAGAAGUUGACUGUUGGUCAAUUGGUGUGAUAGCCUAUAUUUUGUUGUGUGGGUAUCCGCCCUUCUAUGAUGAGAAUGAUGCUGCCUUGUUCCAGCAGAUACUGAGAGCUGAGUUUGAAUUUGACUCUCCCUACUGGGACGACAUAUCAGAGUCUGCCAAGGAGUUCAUCAGAAACCUUAUGUGCAAAGAUCCGAAGAAGAGGUUCACCUGUAAACAGGCUAUUGCCUUCCCAUGGAUCUCGGGCAACACAGCAUUGGACAAGAACAUUCACGCGUCUGUCAGCGCUCAGAUGCAGAAGAACUUCAUCAAAAGCAAGUGGAAGCGUGCCUACAACGCGACUGCCGUCAUCCGACAGAUGCGCAAGCUCGCCAUGCACAAGGAGGACAAGAAGUUACAGGAAUAGACAUGCACCAGAUGUUGCUAGUCAUGUUGGUUAUAUUAGAUAGCUAUCCAUUUUUUUCUGAUAUCAAAAACGUGAAAUUGUCUGGUCAGUAUAUUUUUGAAGGAGCUGUUUGUUCUAUAGAGGUAGUGUUCUAGCAAGGGAUUAAAAGUUAAGAACUUGGGUAAUACUUUGAAUGAUUUUGGUGACGGAGCGAACGACUCUCAGCAGUAAACAGUAUGAGGAGACGGUCAGCUUAUUAAGUUACCCAUGAGAUGUGCAUUUACCCACCAUUCCUGAAGGAUACUAAUACAAAGUACCAGUAUUAGACCUGGAUCUGGCUUAAGUAACCGGCUUAACAAAGGCUUGUAAUACUUUUAAAAAAAUACAUUGGUUUUUGGUAGAAUCUGGGCUGUAAGUUUAAAACUAAGUUUGUAAAUGAAUGAAACAUAUAUACAUGCGCAUGUAUGUAAAUGGCCUAUUAAAAUAAUUGUAUGUGUUAUUUCUGCAUAUUGAAGUGUCAGUAUGCAAACCUUACUUUGUGAUCCAAUUUAUUUGUAUACUGUUUUGCCUAAUGUUGGUUUCUAGUUUGGACUAGAAGGGUGAAUUGCAUAGGAGUUUAGUCAAACAUCAUUAGCUCAGUUACAGAAUACACGUCAUCGCCUCAAUAAAGCUACUUAAUGUAAGUUGUAAAAUCUGCAUUUUAGCAGGUUGUGGUUUUGUACCAUGGUAUGAUAGCACUUAUUUGUUUCAAACUUAAUAAUACAGAAGGUUCAACACUGUAGACCUUCGACAACAGAAAUAAAAUGAUUUCCUUUGUCAUUAUUACAACGUUAUGUGCUAAUUGAGUAUAAUAAUAAUUAUAUAGUAGGUUUUUCUUCAAUAUUGUCAGUUUUCUUAUCUUAUUUUAAUGUACAUGUAGUGAUUUCAUUGCCUUUUUCAUUGUUUCACUUUAGUUUAAAGUUGAGCAUAAUUGUUUAAUAUUACUUGUAUUUUCUAAAUUGAUUAGUUUUGUGAUGUUGUAGUGUUCCACAUUGUCAUUUGGUUAAAGCUGGGAUAAUUUUAACAAAUUCUAAAUACUCUUUCAUGGUUAAUUGUUGGUGGCAAAAUUUUACCAGUAUACACUCUAUCAACUAACCAAUGCAGAUUUAUUAUUGAAGAAAACGGUUCCUAACAUACUGGCAUACUCUUGUAUACUGGUGGUAUUCUUUCAGAAAAUAAAGAUUGUGUUUCCCGUAAUUCAAUUGUCACCCAUUCCCAACCAGCAUCAUUCAAGUACGAUUUCUACACUAAUUCAUCUAUUCUGAGAAUUUAAGCGUGUCUUAGGCCAUUUGCCAAACUGUUUCCUUCUUGGUUAGCUAACACUGUUAUCAUUUCUCAUUUUGGAAUAAUUAUAUUUUAAAGUUCAUACAUGUGGACUUGUUUGUUAAAACUGAAAUAAUUAUAUUUCAAGGUUCACUGUUAAAUUGGUUCGUGCAUUUAUGAAAUCUUAACAUUUGAUCAUUUUAAUAGAUAAAAAAAAUAUAUUAUACUUGAAUACAAUCAUAUUGUAUUCAAUUUGCUUGUUUGCAUUCCAAAAUUUAGAUCAGACUCAAUACACAUUACCAGCUUAGUUCAUAUUGUUAGCUGCUUUAGGCUUCAUUGACGGCUUCCAAACCCGCUUUUUAUGUGCUGCAUUUAGCCCCCUGAAAGUUUGCAGUAGCAACAUGAAUACUAACUUAAAUCGAUGUUUUCUACAGUUAACAAAAGUUUUUCAGAAGUGGGAAUAUAAACAGAUGCUUGUUUUUUUUGUAUUGUGUUAUGGUCGGCUCUGCCCUUCCUCCAAUAGUGCUUGAGUUACAAUAAUAUCUCUUAUUAUACUUAGCUUCUAACAUAAAGCAUUGUAAUGUUUGCAAAAAUGGCUAUUUUUGUUCAAAUGUCUUGAAAACCGAUCCUGCAUUUCUUAGAACAGACAAUAGCAAUGGAAAACUUUAUGUUUGCGCUUUUAUUAAGAAAUAUAAUGCCACGGUAAUAUGAAGUUCAUAAUGUUAAUAUAUGGUGUUACAUGAGUGGUUCACAUAGAAACAGAAGACUUUCAUUUUAAUUCACAUCAUUGAUAAGUACCAAGUAUGAAUUUCCAGUUAGUCGGUCAUAUAAUAUUGUAAUUCCAAUUUUUUACUUAUAAGUUUUACUGGAUACAAUAUUUUGGAAACUAUUUCUUGGUAAUAAUGUAUUGUAAUAUUGGCAUUUCAGAAACAAAAUACCAGAUUUUCAGAAUUUUUGAGUUUUCAAACUUUCAGCCUUGCAAUUAAUAAUUUUCAUAAGGGUAAAACAUAGCAUAAUAGGUUAUUUCUCCUAAUUUAGGAGAAAGGGUAUAUUCACUAGGAUUUUUGAUUUUGGGGGGAUUUAUUUGUUCCCAUAUAUUAAUUGUAAUUAGAUUAUUAGUGGUCAUUCACUAAAGACAUAAUAUUUUCUCUGUAUAACUAAGGUUGUAUCGCUUGUUUACCUCCUGCAUCAUACAUUCUCCUAUGACAUUCACAUAGAAAUAAACAGCCAAUCCAUAGGGAUGUGAAGUUUUGCAUGAACUUAUAUGGAUUACACAAAUGUCAUGCUUUACAUAAGUGAUGAAGUUUGAUUUUCAAGUUAUAGGAACUGAUACAGUCAGCGGUACUUGAGAUUAUUGUUGUUGAUAGCUUUGUGGAAGUAACAUGUUUGCAAAGAUAUGUAGUGUUUUCUUUAUUGAUAUUUAUAUAAAUUUAAUCUUUUUAAAUGUUUUUUUUCAAGUUAUCACCCUUGUGGAUGAUUUGUGUUGGAGCACAGUACUCCUACAUGUAUUUCUUCAUGAGCUAAAGGUGCAUUCUAGCAGUGGAAAAAUAAACUCUCAUGUUUUAAAAAGCAAUGUUAAGAUUGAAUGUUAUAUCCCUCACCACUCAAGUAGUCAUCUGAAAUGAUAAAAAAGUCCAAUAAAGGAAAUUUAAUGUCAUGAGUUUCAAUAGUAUGCAAUUAUUCAUAUUUUCUUAUAGUUUUAUCAAUGGUUUAUAAUUAUUUGUUUGGGUAUAUUCAAUACAAAAUUACAUUGAAAACCUGCAAGCAGGCUCAGUAUGUUUUCUGAUGGAAUGUUCCUUUAAGUCACAGCUGUACAGUUAUAACUAGGCUAGCUUUUGUUGUUCAUUUACGUGCUUGUAUUUAUUUUGUCUUAUUUAAUUGUGAAAUGUAUAUUCCUUUUUUUAAUAAUAUUUUUUUUAUUACAAGCAUUUGACAACUGAUGCUAUUUGGUAUGAGUUAUGAAUUUAUUGCAAUUAUUUCCAAAUAUUAGUAAAUUAUUUUGUUUUGAGUUGUCAUAAAAAGAACAGCCUUUCUAACUGCAUGUUUUAAAAGUCAAUUGAUUCAUCCAUUUUCAUGUUUAUCAUUAAAAAUUCAAAAGAACUAGAUGGACCAAAUGAUGAAGACGACUAUUUAUGUCGAUACGUUUACCAAAGCAUGAUAGCAUUUUAAACAUUCCUGGUCAUGAGAGAUUCAUAAGUUUUUUGUUUGUUAUUUGAGAAAUAGUUAUUAAAGUUAUGAUCUCUGAUAUAUUACAUUUGUAUUCAAGAGCAUUUCUUCUUCUUCUUUUUUUUCUUGGAAGGAUUUUUGUCGUAACCUCAAACAUUGUAACUCUGUAGGAAUGUCACAGUCGGCAAGAAUUUCACUCUUUUCGUUACCUCAACUCUGUUUGCCACUUUAAUACCUGGCUUAAGAUCAGUUUUACAUAACAUAUUAACAUAUUUAUUAUGAUAAUAACAAAAUUUUGAUGGCAAGUUAUUUUCAUUUCACGAGAAAAUCUUUAUUGAAACAGACCCCGAUUGCAUAUCUACAUAAAGCAUACAUGUACGGUAGUGUUCUGCCUACAUAACGCAUACAUGUACGGUAGUGUACUGCCUACAUAACGCAUACAUGUACGGUAGUGUUCUGCCUACAUAACGCAUACAUGUACGGUAGUGUUCUGCCUACAUAACGCAUACAUGUACGGUAGUGUUCUGCCUACAUAACGCAUACAUGUACGGUAGUGUUCUGCCUACAUAACGCAUACAUGUACAGUAGUGUUCUGCCUACAUAACGCAUACAUGUACGGUAGUGUACUGCCUACAUAACGCAUACAUGUACGGUAGUGUACUGCCUACAUAACGCAUACAUGUACGGUAGUGUUCUGCCUACAUAACGCAUACAUGUACAGUAGUGUUCUGCCUACAUAACGCAUACAUGUACGGUAGUGUCCUGCCUAAAUAAUGUUUAUAUGUUUGGUAGUGUUCUGCCUACGGGGACAGUGCAUUUCAAGUCAAAUCUUUGUUGAAUUGAAGUUGACUUUAGUCCACUUGUGGCUAUCAAGUAGACUUGACAACUACGGAAGUGGAAUUUAAGUCAACGGUUAGUCAACUUAGGUGUUUAACAUGGUUUGUUUGUACUAUAUUUCCAUUUAAGUUUCAGUUUGUUUCCUAGUUUUCUUUACAUUACAUAACUUAUAUACAGCAUCCCCAUUACUGUAUUUCAAUGCCGACAUUCUUAAGUAUUCAAUUAUUCAGACUUUUGUACAUUUGUGCCAAGUAACUACAGUAUGUUUCGAUAUUUAUAGAUUUUUUUAUUGCUAGAAAACUUAUUUAAUCUUUGAAAAAGCAUUUUUAGCUCGACUAUUCGAAGAAUAUGGAGAGCUAUACUACUCACCCAAGCGUCGGCGUCGGCGUCUGCGUCGGCGUCACCCCUUGGUUAAGGUUUUGCGUGCAAGCACACAUAGGUUAAUAUCUCAGCAACUACUUGAGGUAUUGCAUUGAGACUUUAUACAAUGGUACUCAACCAUCCAACCUACUUAAUUAAACAAGUUUGGUAACUCUACUUUGCAUUUAAUGCCAAAAAUAGGCCUUUUAUAUUUGACUUAGAAAUUCUGGUUAAGGUUUUGCGUGCAAGCACACAUGGUUAAUAUCUCAGCAACUACUUGAGGUAUUGCAUUGAGACUUGAUACAAUGGUACUCAACCACCCAAGCUACUUAAUUAACCAAGUUUGAUAACUCUACUUUGCAUUUAAUGCCAAUAAUAGGCCUUUAAUAUUUGACUUAGAAAUUCUGGUUAAGGUUUUGCAUGUAAGCACACAUAGGUUAAUAUCUCUACUGGAUGAAUUGCAUUGAGACUUUAUACAUCCACCCAACCUAAUUGAAUAAUCAAGUUAGAUAACUGUGUUUUGCAAAUAAUGGCCCUUUAUUAUUACACUUAAAAAUUCUUGUUAAAAUUUUCCAUGUUAUCACAUCUAUGUUAAUAUCUCCGCACAUCAUGUAUUGCAUUGAAAUCUAAUCUAACAGUGAUCCAUGCAUGUUUCGCCAAAACUUUUCAAUCCUUACACUGAAAAGCGGCGGAAUAGUCGAGCCGGCUGUCUCUGUGACAGCUCUUGUUAGUUGUUGUCAGAGGAUUAGUUAUAAUAAUUCAGGAAUUCAAUUAUAUAGUAGAACUGUUAAGAGCACUACAUUUUUAAGAAAUAAAACAUGAAAAACCAUGUGUAAGUGCUGGAACUUUUUUAUUUGAGAAUCUCAACUCUUGCAUUUAACGAACAAAGAAGCAUUUUUUAGGGAGUACAAAUGAUAUUACUUUUAUUUCAAAAAAAAAAAUCAACUGUUGAAGAUGUAAAUGUAAUGGCCAAUGACAGAACUUCUAAUGAGGCAGUAUUGAAAAAAAAAAUAGGAUGUCGUAAAUCCUCCGAAUUGGCUUGCAAAGAAAUCCUUGAAGUCUUUUUUAGUGUUUUCAGCCUUUAUAUUUCAAAUAAGUGUCAAUAUAAAAAAGGCCAAUAUAGUUGCCAAAAUAUUAAACUCAUAUAUUUAUUGCUGUUAUUUUCCUUCCUCGCAUCCCCCUUUUUCUAUGUGCAAUGUUCUUGUAUAUGAUGUGACUUGUUAUGUGAUUUACAGUUUAUAUAGUUUAUACAUCUUGAUGCAUUUCUCUGUGUUUGACUUAGUGUACUCUUUUACAUAUAUAUAUUAUAUAUUGUUAGUUUUCCACUCAAUAUAGAUUACUUCAUGUAAUAUCUUUCCAUAUGUCGACACAACACAAAGAUAAAACUAUUUUAACAUUAAA